GACUAGCGGUUAAGGUGCCAUAUUACCGCCUGGGACAAAAAUACCGCUUUCGACAACAAACGACCUAAAAAUUAAAUAAAUGUUAUUUAGUUAGUGUUGUUUUGGUGAAACCUCUUUUAAAGAAUCAUUACUGAGUAUUUAUUUAACUUCAAAUGACGUCACGCCACGUGUUUUGGUCAUUUUUCUUUAUCGUCGUCGUUCUUUGUCCACUUAACUUUCAGGGGACGCUCUGCAGCCAAUCAAAGCAGUGAGUCGGAUACAGCAACAAAAUAAGAACAGGUGCAGCAUCAGGAGGCGUGUCCUGGGAUCCACCAAUCACAGCGUUGUAAAAAACACCAAGACCUGGCUGUCCGGUGACAUCACAGGAAGUUGGAUGAAGUUCUGUCGAACCCGGACGCUCUCGAUGUUUUCACAACUCCGUCACUCAGAGGUACGAGCAAACUCUGCUCUGUGAGGACUUCUGCAAACACCAGACAAACAUCGUCUCCUCCUCCGACACGCUGACAUGAACGAGGAGGCGGAGGAGGCACAGCUGUCCGAGGAGGUGCUGGAGGCCGAGGAGCAACAAGAGGAGGAGGAGGAGAAGUCAGAGGGCAUGCAGGAGGAAGAGGAAGAGCAGGAGGAGGUGCAACUUGUGGAAGAAGUGCAGCAAACUAAAGAGGAGGAGGUUGAGUCUGAGGGAGGGCAGGAGGAGGAGGAGGACCUGCAACUUGUGGAAGAGGUGCAACAGGAGCAGAAGGAGGUGCAGCAAACUGAAGAGGAGGAGGUUGAGGUGGUGCAACAACAGGACGGAGAGCAGGAGGAGUCAAAAGAGCUGCAGAGCGAGGAGGAGGAAGAGCAGGAGAAGGAGAGCGUGGAGGUGCAGCAAACUGAAGUGGAGUUGCAACUUGUGGAAGAGGUGCAACAGGAGCAGGAGGAGGUGCAGCAGCAGCAGCCUGAGGAGCUCCUGCACACUGAGGAGGAAGAGGAGGAGCUGCAGCAGCAGCAGACCGGACAGGAGGAAGAAGAAGAGCAGCAACAGGACGAAGAGCGGCAGUCUGAGGAGCUCCUUCAGACCGGGGAGGAGGAGCCGCAGCGGGAGGAGGAGGUGCAGAUUGUUGAGAUGUCACAGACUGAGGUGCAGCUGAGUGAAGAAGGGGUGCAGGACUUGGAGGACUCUCUGGAGCAGAACCACAAUCAGCAGGUCCUGAUCCGCCUCAGAGGCAUGCAGAAAUAUAAAAGUACUUCACAGAGGCUCAAGAUGGUCCUGGAGCAGAUGGACCGAGGCGUGGUGGACCUGCAGGAGCUCCGCAGGAACCUGGAGCUUGCCGCUGCCAUGUUGGACUCUGUUUACACGGAUGAGACCAGGCGUCUGUUGGACACCGAGGACGAGCUCAGCGACCUGCAGGCAGAGUCGGUGCCCACCGAGGUGCGUGACUGGCUGGCGUGUACCUUCAGCAGAAAGAUGGGUGUGGCCAAGCGCCGUCCGGAGGAGAAGCCGAGAUUCAGGAGCAUCGUCCACGCAGUGCAGGCUGGGAUAUUCGUAGAGCGGAUGUACAGACGGACGUCCAACAUGGCCGGUCUGACCUACCCUCCCACAGCUCUGACAGCUCUCAAGGAAGUGGAUCAGUGGUCGUUUGAUGUUUUCUCCUUCCACGAGGCGACCGGAGACCACGCCCUCAAGUUCCUGGUGUAUGACCUGCUGACCCGCUAUGACCUCAUCAACAGGUUCAGGAUCCCGGUCCAGGCUCUGGUCCAGUUUGUCGAAGCUCUGGAGAACGGAUACAGCAAGCACAAGAACCCGUACCACAACCUGAUCCACGCCGCCGACGUCACGCAGACCGCACACUUCCUCAUGCUACACACAGGACUCAUGCACUGGCUGAGUGAGCUGGAGAUUCUCGCGAUGGUUUUCGCCGCAGCCAUCCACGACUUUGAGCACACAGGAACCACCAACAACUUCCACAUCCACACCAGGUCAGAGGUCGCCAUCCUGUACAACGACCGGUCGGUGCUGGAGAACCAUCACGUGAGCGCCGCCUACAGGCUGAUGGCGGAGGAGGACAUGAACAUCCUGAUCAACCUGAACAAAGACGACUGGAGGGAGCUGAGGGCGCUGGUGAUAGAGAUGGUGAUGUCCACAGACAUGUCGUGUCACUUUCAGCAGAUAAAGACGAUGAGGAACGCUCUGACUCAGACACACAGUAUAGACAAAGUGAAGGUUCUGUCUCUGAUGCUUCACGCUGCAGACAUCAGUCAUCCGGCCAAAGCCUGGCCGCUGCACUACCGCUGGACCCACAGUCUGAUGGAGGAGUUCUUCAGACAGGGGGAUAAAGAAGUGGAGCUCGGCCUUCCUUUCUCUCCUCUCUGCGACCGUAAAGCCACCAUGAUCGCCCAAUCACAGAUAGGUUUCAUCGACUUCAUCGUGGAGCCGACCUUCAGCGGUUUGGUCGACACAACGGAGAAGGUGAUUGGUCCUCUGAUUGAAGAGGACAGGAAAGCCAGAGAGAGUGGAAACAGGAGGUCCAGUCUUACAGGAAGUGGUUCGGUCACCGUGGAGUCGGUGCAGAAACACAGUAGUGGCCGCCUUGGCACCAGUGAUGACGUACACAUGGACUUCUCUCUGACUGCCAUCGACCUGCCGGCUCUGAGGGUUCACCUGUCGGGAGUCAUCGGCAGCAACAAGGACAGAUGGAAAGAGCUGUCUGUGCAUGAGCUGGCCAAUAAGGAGCAGGAGGAACAAGAGGAUGUGGCAUCCAAUGUCAACUCCGACAACCAAUCACAUGCCUCACCUAAUCGCGCCCCUGCAGACCAAUCACAAAACUGCGACGAUGCCCCUCCUGAAGAAACACACGGAGAAGAGUCAACUGACCACGAUCCUGAAGACCACCUGACCUGGAAUGGGGCGGGGUCAGAGGAGGAAAAGGAGGAAGAGGAGGAGGAAGAAGUGCCUGAAAACGCCUGAGGAGGAACUACGGCUAACUCGCCACUCUUAUCUGACCGUGGCAGGUCACCAUCGUGACGAUGAGGGUUCGGACUCUUCUGUUUAAGCAGCAGCUGACUCAGCGGCCCCUCAGUGGACCCCUGAAGGGCCCUCAGACCUUAUGUUUACAACCGACAAUGAAAAAAAAAUUAAUCACAUUUAAAGUGACGCCGCUCAUCAGAGAUCAGCUUCUUAGCAGCUUCAUGGUCCGUCCACAGAGCUGAAUGUGUUUGUGAUUGUAUUAAAGACUCAGAGGAAUAAUGUCUGAAAAUAUAAAUAUAAACAGAGACAGACAGACAGGUGAAAAACAACAAGGGCAGAAUGUAAAUUCUUAUUUAAGGCCGUUAAAUGUUCAUAACCUGGAGGAGUGAGACGUGGAGCUGUUAAGAAGCCGUCGUGGAGGUUUUUGUGAUUGAUGCUAAACUCUACUGUUACGAGUGUGAGGAAGGAUUUCUGCUCUUCUCUUUAUUCUGGGCUCAAAUCAUCACGACUGCUGUGUCUCUGACCACACCCCCAAAAAUGUGAUGUCAUGACUGCUGUGUCUCUGACCACACCCCCAAAAAUGUGAUGUAAUGACUGUUGCGCUUCUGACCACACCCCCAAAUGUGAUGUAAUAACUGUUGCGCUUCUGACCACACCCCCAAAUGUGAUGUCAUGACUGCUUUGCAUCUGGCCACACCCCCACAUUUGAUGUCAUGACUGCUGUGCCUCUGGCCACACCCCCACAUUUGAUGUCAUUGCCCCUAUACACGCGUAGGCCACUUUUCUCAGAUAUCAGGCUCAUGUUUAAAAGCUCUAAAGCUGUAAUCGUGAAGUGCAACUGUGUUUUAAGUUGGUGAAUCAUAUAAAUACAGCUAGUCUGACCGAGAUCUGCUUCAUUAACGACUUGUUAAUUCAUGAAGGCCUGAAAAGAUAAAGAAAAAUUAGGAUCUGAAGGUACAUUGGGACCAUAGACUGUAUAAAUAAUGGACAUAGUAUACGUGACAUCACCCAUCUGUUUCUGAAGCGCUGUUUUGAGGCCAAUGGGCAGCGGCAGCCAUAUUGGAAAUGUUGAACUCAACAUAACUUCUGUCUAGCGAGUGUGACGUAAGGAGGCGGGCUUUGAGCCUCUUAGCCAACAGCUACAGUGUUCCCGCCUGUCAAUCAAGUCAGCUGUGCUUCUCAUAAUGGAAACAUUGUAAUCUUAAUAUCUUUGAAUUUGUUGCUUUAUCAAAAAUUGAAUUGCCGCUUGUCCUAGACUUGAUAGAUUACUCUCUUUAGAACAUCUGACUUUCAUUGGCACUCUUGAACGAUGCAUAAAUAUAUCACUGCAGUUUUGAGCAGUAAUUGGGAAUUGAUGUGUCCCCGAUGCUCUGUAAUUACACAAUUCAACCACUAGUUGGGGGUUGGGUUUUUGUGCAUCUGUAUUUGGCCCAUAGACUCUAAAGCAGUGGUUCCCAAGUGGUCGGGACCCCUUAGGGGGUGGUGAGACAUUUAUUGGGGGUCGCAAGAUGCCUUCCAAAAGACGAUAAAAUCUUAAUAUGAUCUAAAAAUUGCAUCUUUUAUCAAUUUGUUGUAAAAACAUACAAAAUUUAACCUAAACCUAACUUCUGUCGAGUGAUUGUGAGGUAAAGAGGCGGGCUUUGAGCCUCCUAGCCAACAGCUACAAUGUUCCCGCCUGUCAAUCAAGUCAGCUGUGCCUCUCAUUGGAAGACUCUUAAUCUCAAUAUCUUUGAAAUUACCGUGUUAUGAAAAAAUUUGCCCCCCGUACAGAGUGUGCCGAUCAAGAAAUGAUCUAUCCAGACUACACUCGUCUUUUGAACCAGGUUGUAAACAUGUUUAUCUCUGCUGUAAAGAUCGUCUUCUUUGAAUGGGUGUGUAUGUGGUUUCUGGUACUUCAGGAGUCAGCCUCAAGCGGAUCCUUGAUGAACUGCAGUUUUUAACACUUCUGCAUUGGACUUUUUAGACCAGAGGUUGCCGCUUGGUUUUAAACAUAGACUGUAUUGGUAAUGCGGAACUCAACCAGGCAGAGUGUGAUGUAAAGAGGCGGGCUUUGAGCCUCCUAGCCAACAGCUAUGUGUUCCCGACCGGAAGUCAAGUCAGUCAUGUCCUUAUUUGGGCAAAAACUCGUAAUCUUAAUAUCGUCUGAACCGUCGCGUUUGAAAAAAAUUCACCCCCUAACAAUGUGUGCCGAUCAAGUAAUGAGCUAUCCAGACUACACUGGUCUUUUGAACCAGGCUGUAAACAUGUUUAUUUCUGCUGUAAAGAUCGGCUUUUUUGAAUUGGUGUGUAUGUGGUUCUUCCAGAGUCAGCCUCAAGUGGAUCCUCCAUGAACUGCAGUUUUUAACACUUCUGCAUUGGACUUUUUAGAGUGGAGGUUGCCGCUUGGUUUUAAAACAACAACAGGUCCCUGCCUCUUAAAGCUGCUGUUGGUAGGAAUGGUGUAAAAAACUUUUUUUCUGCUGGGUUUGGAGAAAAAGUCAUAAUACCCAUCGGUACUCAUCUGUAAGUGGAGUCAUUUGAGAUUAUGGUGAAAUCUCUGUGUUUUCCAAACCCCUCUUCCCCGUUAUCACGGACCAAUCAGAGCUACUCUCUGACCCCCUGUCCUGAUUGGUUGAGUGGUGGCCCCACUAUGUCGCCCUGUUUGGCUGGGAAGCCACUACUUCCUCAUAGAACAUGCACAACGAUCUUUUGUGGGUGGGGUUACAGGUGGUGAGAGGAAAUCUCCAAACGAUGUUUAUAUCAUGACCAUCAACAGCAGCUUUAACUGUGAGCUAACUUAUUACUAUCACAGAGAAAGGCCGGGUUUAAAGUUUGGAUCGUUUGUAACAUGGUCCCUUUGAGACAUCACUGAAGUGGGCGUGGCCAGAAUUCCAACAUGUCUGACGGUUUGAGCCCAGAGCUGCAGAAAUCAAUGAGUGUGGAUAAAUAAUCAAUCAUUACCACAGGUGAGUUUACACACGUGAUCGCUCUAUGGGAGGUUUUUAAUCACAUGAAGGUCGUCUUGUUGUACUUUUGGCCGAUAUAGUCAUAAGUUAGCGUAACAUUAUACUCUCCGCCAUCUUUGUAGAAACUUUGGACUCUCUUAAAGCAGCAUCAAGAAUUUGUCUGAAAAAGAAAAAAAAAAAGCCAGAGUUUAAAAUUUUAAAGAGAGAGAGCUCAGAGAUCAGACGGCUCCUGUUGUUUCUGUACAUCCGACUGUUUAUGAGAACUGUGCAUUUAAUCACCACGGCAACAAGGGCAACAGAAACACUUCUUGUUUCUAUAGCAACAGCCAAGGGGCCGGAGGGUGGAGCCAACAUGGCCGACGGUGGAAACUCUUUAGGUCUUCUGAGCACUGUGUCCGUUAAUGCAGCGUGUGCUAUAUUCAUCGUGUGCUCUAUGGCUCUCUGUGUGUGUGUGUGUGUGAGAGAGAGGGAGUGUGUGUGAGGUUGUGUGUGUGUGUGUGUGUGCUCUGUAUAUUGUACAGCUGUUUUCUGUAUUAUUGUAUUAAACAUUGAGGACUACA